CGAAUCUCUGCGAUUCCAGUAAUAUGACCAUGGAUGGCUGGAUUCGUAUUGCUAACGAUAUUAAGUUCCAGUUAAUCUAAUCUUACUCGAGUUAAAAUCUAAUCCUCAAGUUACAAGGAAAGAAUGAUUAAACUUGCAACCAAAGCUCUCUAUACGUGUUUAAUAAAGGAAUCUUACGAGCGCUUCGACGGUUUUGUGAUCCUUCACGGCACCGACACCCUCAGUUACACUGCAUCCGCUCUUUCUUUCAUGCUCGAGGCUCUAGGCAAGACUGUCAUCCUAACCGGUUCACAAGUACCGAUUUUUGACACGAGAAGCGAUGGUCUGGAUAACUUUCUCGCGUCUCUCGUAAUCGCGGCGAAUUACAAUAUACCUGAAGUAUGCGUGUUCUUCGGUACAAACUUGUUGCGCGGCAAUCGGACGAGCAAGGCGUCUGCGACAUCAUUCGAAGCAUUCCAGUCACCGAAUUUUUCACCUCUCGCCAUGGCAAACGUCAAGAUUGAAGUGGAUUAUCGUUUGAUUUUCCGUCCCUGUACUAUGGAGAAGUUCUACGUACACGCAUCACUUAAUCGAAACGUAGGCCUGCUCCGGUUAUUUCCCAGUAUUACUUCCAACCUGGUCAAGGUGUUUCUUCAACCACCCAUCGAGGGAGUCGUGCUGCAGUCCUACGGCUUGGGAAAUAUUCCGACAAAUCGCGAUGAUAUCAUUGAAGAGCUUAGCGCGGCGACAAAGCGCGGUGUGAUUGUUGUGAAUAUCACACAAUGUACGACCGGAUGUGUCUCGGAUAUAUACGAGGCUGGAAAAUUGCUCCAAAAAGCUGGUGUGAUAUCGGGCUUUGACAUGACACCGGAGGCCGCGUUGACGAAACUCGCGUAUGUCUUAUCGAAGAAGGAUUGGGAUACAGAAACCAAGCGACAAAUGAUGCAAACGAAUUUACGGGGCGAACUGACUGCCGGUCGACCACCCACAAUACAGGAUUGGGACUUGGUGGAAGCUGUCGCUAGCUCCUUGAGAUUAUCCUCAACAGUAGAACUUCAGGAAUUGGGGUCGAUCCUUUUUCCAGCUAUGCUGAACGCUGCAGUAGUGAGGCGCGAUGUUGUGAAACUCGAAUCUUUAAGAGGAUACGGCGCGGAUAUCUCGCAAGUAAACGCAGAUGGUCGAACGGCUUUACACAUAGCCUGCUGCGAGGGAGACUUGAAAGUCGUGCGACGUCUUUUAAAAAUGGGUGCAAAUGUUCACAUUAAGGAUCGUUUUGAUCACACGCCUCUCACUGACGCGAUCGAAUACGAUCAUCAUGAGAUCAUCAGGAUAUUACUACAAUGUGGAGCACAUCUUCACGGCGAUGCUGUGCUGAUCAGCGAGAAGAUGUGCAUGGCCGCGACCGCAGGAAACACGAAGCGUCUGCAGUCGUACUUGCUGGCUGGCGCUGAUCUGUCGCAAAAGAAUUUUUCUGGACGCACGCCACUGCAUUUUGCUGCUCUUCAUGAUCACACGGAAGCGAUUGAAUUCCUGUUAGAUCACGGCGCAGAUCCGCAUUGUCUCGAUAUGCUGGGACAAACCGCGAUGGAUCUCGCAGAGGCUACGCGAGCUGCGAGAGCCGCGCGUUUGUUAACGUCUUUCAAGCAGAAUGCCAUUCACGAUGAUGACAAAAUUACAGUGUGAAUACAAAAUCUUGUAUUGCUUGUCCAUAUUUUAGAUUCGAGUAUACGAUGCUCUAACUUUAAAUAAGACUUAAACUUUUUUCUCUCUUUUUCUGUCUCUCUCGCUUGAGAGAAAGAAAGAGAGAGAAAGAGAGAAA